GCGGCGACGAACUUUGAUCUUGCUCCUUGGCUUAUUAAUUCCUUCACUUACGGCCUGGGUGUUAUCACGACAACUAUCGGAUCCCCGUCAUUCGGACACCCUUUCGACCACCGAGGUGUUCCCUGCGUUUGAUCACGAUAAGAUCAAAGCGAACGUGCACUACCAAGCUUUGCAUACCACUUCGACCUUCAUGCUGAUACAAAGCCUCUUCGUCUGCGUCUGUCUGUGUUAUUCUGUCUGGCGAGCUUUCGCUAAAGAAGACGGGAAAGGCGAAGAACGGUUCCGCUACAUAUUCACAGGCCUCUGCCUGAUCUGUUACCCACCUAUAUGGCUUGUACAAGCCUUCUCCGCUUUAGUGUUACAUCUGGGAGGUCCUUACUACGACUGGUAAGAUCAUCAACCGAAGUUGUUACUUCAUGCCUUG